AUAAAAAAUAUACAUGUAUAACAUAUAGGCGUGCAGAAAUGCUUCAUACUGUACAUUGUUAACGUUUUAUAGAUUUUACAUCUAUGACAAUGCAAAAAUAUUCAAGACCAAAUGAUUUUGCAUGUGUCAUACAUGGCAUCUGUGGUUUGUACAAAUUCUGGGAAUAUGUCACAAUUAUGCAUUUUACAAACUGGUGUUUGUAGAAACCGAAAAUUUUUGCUUUCCCCAUUGGGUGUGUCAAAAAUCUGCAAGAAAACUUCCUUCCUCGUUGUUGGGGGGUAUAUAGCUGUUCAGAGACCCAGGACUCAAGCUUUUUGAAUCAGAGCAUGGCUCAAAACCACCAGCGUCACUCUUAACAGGUUAUUCAGCGAGGUAAAGGAUCUUGGAGUUGGAGUCUGAAUGCCUGAAGUCUGAUCACAUCUGAGACAGAACAGACACCAGCGAGAUUCGACUCUUCACACCAUGGAUUUCAGGCGUUCAUUAAUCUCUGCGUCCUCCUGCCCUGACAUCUACAACUGGAGCGGCAACUACAAUCCCAUCCUGACGCACUAUAACUUCACCGGACGCCUGCAGCACCGAAAACCCUCCCGGACCAGCACCGGCAUCAUCACGGUCUUGUUCUUAUGCAUCAGCAUCUUCAUCGUCCUGGAGAACCUCAUGGUGCUGCUGGCCGUGCUCUUCCGUGUCCGCCUGCGCCACCGCUGGAUAUUCAUCUGCAUCGCCAACAUCGCCCUCAGCGACCUGCUGACCGGCUCCGCCUACGUGGUCAACAUCUGCAUGUCUGGCGAACGCACCUUCAAGUUGAGCCCGGUUCUCUGGCUGUUCCGUGAGGGAGUUCUGUUCGUGGCGCUGGCGGCGUCUAUCUUCAGCCUGCUCUUGGUAGCCGUGGAGCGCUACGCGACGAUGAUGAAGCCCGUCCACCAGAAAACCGCCACAAAGACCUAUCGCGUCUACAUGAUGGUGGCGCUGUGCUGGAUGACGGCACUUGUGAUUGGCUUCCUUCCACUUAUGGGUUGGAACUGUGUUUGCGACAUGAAGAGCUGCUCAACGCUUCUACCGCUUUACUCCAAGAGCUACAUCCUAUUCGCUCUUGUCAUCUUCUUCAUCAUCCUGCUCACCAUAGGCGCCCUCUAUUUCUCCAUCUACUGCCACGUGCGAAGGAGCACGGAGACGAUGUCCGUACGCAGCAGCAAGCGUUCGCUCCGGCUCCUGAAGGCGGUCAUUUCCAUCGUAGGGGUCUUCAUGGUAUGUUGGGGUCCGUUGUUUAUCCUCUUGCUGGUGGAUUUCUUCUGCUACACUCGGAGCUGCAGCACGCUCUUCAGUCCCGGAUGGGUCAUCGCCCUAGCCGUGCUCAACUCCGCCAUGAACCCGCUCAUAUACUCGUUCGGCAGCCUGGAGCUGAGGAAAGCCAUCUCCACCCUACUGUGCUGUUGCUGCGUGAAGGUGGGCCUGGUGGAUCCCAAGACCGUGAGGUCCAAGGAGACGUCCAGCACUUCUGGAAGUCGACACAGCAGUCUGCGCAACAGCUUCAGCAAGGUGAGGAAUCUGAGCACCAGCCCGCCGCCGGAACCGAAGAGCAAGAAAACACGCCUCAGCUCCACCACUUCAUGUUUAUCUGCGUCAAGCGGUUAGGUAGCCACAGGAACUGCACCACCUACGCUCAAGAUGCAGUCAGCGUGGCUCUGGGGUUGUUUUGCUCAUCUCACUUUCCAUGUGAGAGGUGAACACCCUUGAAUCUGUUGCGAUGACUGAAACCUCGCUGGAAAACAAAGAACUGUCACUUCUAAAAUAAGUUCCUGUACUAGACUGGUAGAGCGCGCCGCUAACAACGGCAAGAUCACAGUUUUGAAUCCCACGAGGAACACGUCAACUGUGUGUAGAAUUUGAAAUGCACUGCAAGUAGCUUAAGAUAAAAGCUGCCAAAUGUAUACAUGUAAAUGUAGCUUGACGAAUGUAUUUUAUAUGACAAACUGAAUUGAGCAUGCAAUAUGAAUUAUAAGACGUUCA